UUCGCGCGCCGUAUACUCGUUGCCGUCUUUCUCGGUGGACUCAUCGGCUGGGAACGCCGCCAAGCCGAUCGACCCGCUGGAAUUCGCACCAUGGCACUCGUGUCACUCGGAUCCUGUUUGUUCAGUAUAUGCUCCGCCGUUGCCUUUAUUCACGGACCCAUGGGAUGGGACGCCUCGCGGGUUAGUGCCGCCAUACCCUCCGGAGUCGGCUUUCUCGGAUCGGCCCUCAUUUUCAAACAACACCAGGAUGACGGCGCACACAUGGUACACGGACUGACAACAGCCGCCUCGGUUUGGCUCUCGGCAGCCGUAGGUAUCGCCUGCAGCGGAGGUUUCUUCUUUGUCGCGGCUUUUUCCUGCGCCAUCAUGCUCCUGUUACUCCGCUUUGGGCCUCGCUACACGUAC